AUGGCUCUUUUUUUGGCCUCCCCUGUGAGAUACACAGGCAGUCCAACCAGUGAACACAAUAUGGGGAGCGCAGGCAGCCCUGCGAGGCAGUAUGACAUAGAGACUUCAAGCAACAAAUGUUUCCGCCACAUGGUAGUCUGGACUCCAUCUACUGCUGAUAAACUGCUCACCACGUACUACAUGCAGUGCUCAAUGAUGGUCGACUGCAGCGGUUCCGACCGAAAGUCAUGUGACUCACUUUUAAAGAUAGCGAAGAGUGCGCACCUCACUGUUUGUGGCGGUCGACAGGCCACUCAAGCUAGGUUCGAACAAUUUAUGUUGUUGUUGAAAGCAUUGAGCGAAGAGUUGGAAGACUGGAAGUGGAAGGAGUUCGAGGUGGAACAGGCCUUGUGGUCAUUAGAAUUCCACAAAAUAUUAUUAUCACAUGUAUCCUGCAUGUACAGUAGUCCAUUGGCAUUUGACUUCUUGGCCUCACAGCGUCUUGUUUUCACUUGGGAAAUGAUGGCUGAAGCGCUGAUGAUCGAUGAUUUGAGAGCCGAUUUACUACAGUCUGACGCUCUCUCCCUCACUGCCAAUCAAUCCACUAGCGAGGACCCACCAAAUGCGCAACAGAGCCUCCCUUCCUACUCUCUGCCACCUCUAUCGGUUUCGCCCGUCGUCACACAGGCCACUGCGCCAGGACACACCGCAUUCCAAUGGAACACCCACGUCAGAUCUCCCAAGUACAACAAUAUCACCUGUCGUAGUCGGGAUGAAAGCAUUGCAGUGUACGCUGGCGAUCGACUUGUGCUAGCGAAGAUGAAAAAGAUCGAGAGGAUAAAGCGUGAACUCAGAAUAUGUCCCAACCUCAACCAUGCAAGUAUUUAUGAUUAUAUGCAUGGCUUCGACCCAUUUGUGGCGAUAGUUAGUCCUUGGGCGGAGAAUGGUAACUGGUCAGACUAUUUGAAGUAUGAGGUAGGGUUCAAGGCCCCAGGAUACUCCCGACAUAUUCGCUUCAAGGUACACUUGGACACUCCACGAGGAUUAUGGAUGGUGGCCAAGUGA